UCCUGUUAAGUUCUUGAAGCUCGAUAUAUGGAAGGAUGGAUGAACUACCAACCUACCUUUUUAUACCUACAUAUUGGCGUUUCGAUUUCAAUCCUAAUCAAAACACUUUUUGAAGCAGACUCAUCGUACGAAAACUCUCGAUAGUAUUUUAUACGACCAGUGAAAGUACCUACCAAAAUACCAUAUUCACAACCCACCCAUCUAUCGAACAUGUCAACAUCCGAACCACCACCACCCUACACCGAAAGCGCCAUCUCCAACAAUCCCACCCACAGAGCCAGAAAUGGAAUUCCCCCUCAAAGCCGUCGUUCCAUGGAAGACGAAGCUCGUUCACUCCCAGAUGGUUGGAUCCGCCAAUUCGACCCAGAAACUAACCAUCAAUUCUUCGUCGACACGACCCAUAACCCCCCUCGAUCAAUCUGGCGCCACCCGUACGACGAUGAACAAUACAUGAACAGUCUAACUCCCAUCGAGCGCCAAAAAAUCCAAGGAAUCCACCGCGUACCCAGCAACGCAGACAUCGAAGCCGAAAGCACAGAUGAGGAAUCCUCUCACCCCAAACCACCCGUACAACACGCAAAUAACACCGAAGAAGCACCCACAGGCAUCCACAAACUCGGACGAAAAAUGAAAGACAAACUCACGAAUUCCACGCACGCAGAACGGGAAGCCCGUCGUCAUCAACGCGCCGAAGAAGAAGCCGCCGCCUAUCGUCGUCAUCAAGCUAUCCGCGAAGCGAUGAGUCGCGCCAUUCGUACAGGCGAACCUCAACUCAUUGGUAAAGAUCGCAAUGGGAAGGAUGUUUAUAUUGAGCCACCGUCGUACUCGCAGUCGCCUUUCAUGGGCGCAGGUGCAGGUGCAGGGAGGACGAUGUAUCCUGGGGGUGGAUAUGGAUUUAAUCCGUUUAUGGCUGGGCCGCAGGGUCCAUUUGGUAUGAGUCCGUAUGGGAAUCAAGGGAUGUAUAGGAGGCCUUUGACGCCGUAUAAUCGGGGUUAUUAUGGUGGGUAUGGGGGUGGGGCGGGAUUGCCGUUGGCGAUGGGGUUGGGUGGGGGUUUGAUGUUGGGUGGUUUGAUGUGUUAGGGGUUUGGUGGUGAUGAUGAUGAUGAUGUUGUGCUGAUGGAUGUAUUAUGACUAUGGAGAUGCAUUUUUUGCGGUGGAUUAUGGGAUACGCUGUGCUUACGGAUGGAUUACACAAGUGACUUUGAGGCUUUUGUUUUGUGCUAGGGAGUUGGUAGGUAUUAAUAGUAAAUAGAAUA